CCUCGUGCCAAACGAAGAAGAAGAGCAACACGUGGGAAUAUUGUAUGCAAGAUGGCGGCGUGCAGUAUAGAAGACGUGCUCGCUAAAGCUGAGAAAGACGAGGCAGAAAGGUUAAGAAGUAUCACCGUACAUAAAGAACUGGACCUCGAGUUUGAUAUCGGAAACUUGCUGGCGUUGGAUAAGAACUCGGUAAAUAUUCGGGAGUUUAAACAGCAAAACAAAGACGAGUUUCUUCGCUCUCUGGCGCGCGACAACACGCAGCUCCUCAUCAAUGAGAUCUGGAAACAUCCAAGUGAGAAAGUAGAGGAGGUUAUAGUGGUAAAGCUGCCCGACCCUGUCACCAAGUUACCCCGAGAAAAACCUGCACCCAAGGCGAGACCUCCGACCAAAUGGGAGCAGUUCGCUAAACUUAAAGGCAUCCAGAAGAAAAAGAAGACGAAUCUGGUGUGGGAUGAAGUGCACAAGGAGUGGAAAAGGCGCUGGGGUUAUAAACGAGCUAAAGAUAACACGAAGGAAUGGCUCAUAGAGGUGCCUGAGACCGCAGAUCCAAAUGAGGACCAGUUUGGCAAAAGAAUCAAGGCCAAGAAAGAGCGAGUGGCCAAGAACGAGUUUAACCGCCUGAAGAACAUCGCCAGGGCACAGAAGCUGAAGGUGCCCGGUGUGGGACUCGCUCCAACCAGCCAGCAGUCCAAAACUGAGCUGGCCAAAGCUGUGAGCAUCGCCAAAAGUGCCACAGCUUCACUGGGAAAGUUCCAAGAGCGACUUCCUAAAGAGAAACCCCAGAGAAACACAGGCAAGAAGAGACAGUUCCAGCCCCUGAUCGGUGACUUUGCUGGAGAGAAGCAGAAGCACCUGGAUAUGCUGAAAGUGAUGGAUAGCAAGAGACCUCGACUGGACGUCACCAAAGCAGUGAAUAAGCAGAUGAGGGAGGAAGACAGUGAAUCUUCGGAAAGGAGGAAAGGGAAGAAAGGACGGCGAGGGACCGCGCCUGGGAAAGGGCGACGAAAUGCUCCAAGUGGGAAAGGGAAAGGCAAAGGGGGAGCUUUCAAAGGCAAAGGGGGAGCUUUCAAAGGCAAAGGGGGAGCUUUCAAAGGCAAAGGGGGAGCUUUUAAAGGCAAAGGACGGAAACCUGCAAUGAAGCAGGGAAAACGUUAACAUAGACUUCUGAAGCUUCAGUGAAAUCUGGGACUUUUCGUUUGAACCUCAAACACACCUGAGCCUAUAAAUGAGCAUCAUACACUCUGAGAAAUAAAGUACUUUUCUUUUUGUGGAGUUUGAUGCAGUUAUUUCUCAGAAGCUACACAGAAAUAUAAUAAUAUUGCAAUUUUUCUUUAUUGUCUUUCUUCCUGUUUUGUGAACUAAAAAGCUGCUCUCUCUUGCUGCUUUGUCAAUAAAUCAUAGCAUUCAGAAA